AUAAUAAUAAUAAUAAUAAUAAGUGAAGCAAGUUUCUUCCAACGACACCCCUGACCCCACCACCCGAUGUAUGAACAAUGACUUGUAUGAAGAGCAAGUCUCCCAUGGAAAAUGAUUUGUAUGAAGAGCAGCAAUUCCCAUCUGGUCUCCUCACUGGCAUAUGUUUUAAUAUUGCAUCUAAAAAGGAUACAGAGAAGAUAUCUGUUCUAGCAGUUGAUGCAGUUAGUGACCUCUCUGAUCCUAAGUUGGGAGUCCCAAAUCUGUCUAAUGAAUGCUUGACAUGUGGUGCUAAAGAUACUAAAAACUGUGAAGGUCAUUUUGGGUUUAUCGAUUUCCCAUUCACCAUAGUCCACCCUUUUUUUCUAUCCGAAGCUGCAAAGAUUUUGAACAAAAUUUGCCCAGGAUGUAAAUCUAUCAAGCAAGAACUUCAGGUCAAGCUGGAUGGGGAUUCAGCAUUUGAUCAUAAUCAACCUAAGGGUUGCAAAUAUUGUGUGGGAAAUUCAACAGAGUGGUAUCCAACAGUAAAAUUCAAAGUUUCCACUAAUGAACUCUUUAAAAAAAGUGCAAUUAUGGUAGAGGUAAAUGAAAGGUUGCCAAAGAAGUCUCAGACAGAAAGUUUAAGGAGUCUACCAGCUGAUUUUUGGGAUUUUAUUCCAAAAGAUGAUAAUCAAGAAGAAAGUAAUUUGAAACCAAAUAGAAGGGUUCUAUCACAUGCCCAGGUUCAUUAUUUGUUGAAAUCUGUAGAUCUUAAGUUCAUCAAAAAGUUUGUUUCGAGGACAGAUUCACUUUUCCUAAACUGUUUUCCUGUGACACCAAAUUAUCAUCGUGUGUGUGAAAUUACACAUACAAUUCCACAGCAAUUAUUCUUUGAUGAACGGACCAGGGCCUACAAGAAAUUGGUUGGUUUUACCGGGACAGCUAAUGAGUUGGGUUCUCGUGUUCUGGACUGCCUGAAAUUUUCAAAGUUAAGCUCAGGCAAGUCAUCUAAUAAUGUUUUGGCUUCUGCCCAACAAAAAAACGGUACAGAUCCUUCCAGCUCUUCUGGGUUGAGAUGGAUCAAAGAUGUUGUUCUUGGGAAGCGAAGUGAUCAUUGUUUUCGCAUGGUUGUUGUUGGCGAUCCAUAUAUCAAGCUCAGUGAAAUUGGUAUACCAUGUCAUAUUGCAGAGCAAUUGCAAAUUUCUGAGAGUUUGAAUAGAUGGAACUUUGAUAAGUUCAUUGUUGACUGUACACUAUCUUUUAUUGAGAAGGGAAAGGUUUAUGUUCGCAGAAAAGGUGAAUUGGUUUGUGUCCAUCAUAUUAAUGAAUUUCAUAUUGGGGACACAAUGUAUAGGCCCCUGAAUAAUGGAGAUAUCGUGUUGAUAAAUAGGCCUCCAUCCAUACAUCAACACUCCCUUAUAGCUUUAUCUGUCAAGGUCCUGCCAAUAACUUCAGUUGUUUCCAUAAACCCACUUUGCUGUUCUCCUCUUCGCGGGGAUUUUGAUGGUGACUGUCUUCAUGGCUAUGUUUCUCAAUCAAUUGAUGCUAGAGUUGAACUUAGUGAGCUUGUUGCUUUAGAUAGGCAAGUAAUAGAUGGGCAAAAUGGUAGGAACCUGCUUUCACUAAGUCAGGAUAGUUUAACUGCUGCUCAUUUGAUCAUGGAGGAUGGGGUUUCCUUGAACCUUUUUCAACUGCAGCAGCUACAAAUGUUUUCCCCAUAUCAAUUUCCGUUGCCUGCAAUCGUCAAAGCUCCCUCACUUAAUGGUUCUGUUUGGACUGGCAAGCAAAUAUUCAGCAUGCUUCUGCCCCCAGGGUUUGAUUAUGUUUUUCCUUCAAAUGGUGUUCAUGUUAGUAAUGGAGAGCUUUUAUCUUCUGAGGGAUCGUUUUGGCUAUGUGACAAUGAUGGCAACCUUUUUCAUAGUCUUGUCAAACAUUGUCGGGGUAAAGUAGUUGACUUCUUGUAUGCUGCUCAGGAAGUUCUUUGUGAGUGGUUGUCUAUGCAGGGCUUGAGUGUUUCACUUUCAGACUUGUACCUCUGCUCUAACUUACGCUCCCGGAAAAACAUGAUGGAUGAAAUAAAUUUUGGUUUAAAAGAAGAAGAGCAGACCUCUAAUUUCAAACUGUUGAUGAUAGAUUCUUUUCAGGAUUUUCUUGCCAAAGGUGAUGAGGAGAAUUCUGUGGUUCUUGAUGUGGAGCAUUUCUAUUAUGAGAAGCAAAAAUCUGCAGCACUAUGUCAAGUCUCUGCUGAUGCUUUCAAGCAAGUGUUUCAGGAUAUUCAAACUUUAGUCUACAAAUAUGCUAGUAAGGAUAACUCAUUUCUGGUUAUGUUUAAGGCUGGAAGCAAGGGUAAUUUGCUGAAAUUGGUUCAGCAUAGCAUGUGUCUUGGCUUGCAACAUUCAAUGGUUCCGCUAUCAUUUAGAAUCCCCCGCCAACUUUCAUGUGCUUCCUGGAAUAAUCGAAAGGCACAUGAUUCAGUCCAGAAGGUUGAAAAUUCUCCUGAACAUGCUGGAUCUUACAUCCCAUAUGCUGUGGUUGAAAAUUCCUUUCUGGCGGGCUUGAAUCCUUUCGAAUGUUUUGUUCAUUCAGUAGCAAGUCGAGAUAGUUCUUUCAGUGCCAAUGCAGAUCUCCCUGGGACUUUGAACCGAAGGCUUAUGUUCUUAAUGCGCGAUUUGUAUACCGCAUAUGAUGGAACAGUUAGAAAUGCAUAUGGGAAUCAGCUUAUUCAGUUCUCUUAUAAUAUUAAUAAGGACAAAUCAACUCCAAAUAGCAGCACCCAUGACUUAUUUAGUGAGAGUGUUGAUGAUGAUGAUGCCAUUGGUGGCCAGCCUGUGGGUUCAUGGUCUGCUUCUGCCAUUUCAGAAGUGGCAUAUAGUGCUUUGGAUCAACCAAUUAGUCUACUUCAAACUUCUCCAUUGCUGAAUCUAAAGAAUAUACUGGAAUGUGGUUCAAGAAAACAUAAUUCCGACACAACUUGGUCAAUAUUUUUUUCUAAGAAACUUGGAAGACGGACGCAUGGUUUUGAGUAUGGAGCCUUGGAGGUUAAGAAUCAUUUGGAGAGACUAAUAUUUUCAGACAUUGUGUCUACUGUCAUGAUAACCUUUUCUCCACAGACUUGUAGCAAGACACAUUUCAGUCCUUGGGUCUGUCAUUUUCAUUUAUGCAAGGAAAUUGUGAAGAGAAGGGGAUUAACAGUACAUUCAAUCAUGAGUUCCCUUCACAAGAGGUGUAAUUCUUCGGAAACAGAAUCAGAAUCAAAUCUUCCCAACUUGCAAAUAUUGAGCGACGAUUGUUCUGUAGUUGAGACACAGAAGGAAGACAAUGAUGCAUUUUGCAUCACUGUCGCAAUACCUGAAAUUUACAAGACUCCUUUAGCAUUGGAUUCAGUUAGAGACUCCUUCAUACCUUUCAUUCUUCAAACAGUUGUUAAAGGAUUCCCUGAGAUAAAGAAAGUGGACAUUUUAUGGAAUGAUCAACCUAAAGUAUCAAGACGUCAUCAUGGUUCGUUUAGUGAACUCUACUUGAGAGUUGCUAUGUCAGCAGGCUGUGAUACAACAGAUCUUGAGAGUUUAAUUUCGAAUGAUUGUGUCCAAAUGACGGAUAUGAUCGACUGGUCGCGCAGUCAUGCAGAUAAUGUUCAUGAUAUUGUUUUGGCCUUUGGAAUAGAAGCUGGAUGGAAAUAUUUUCUUGAGAGUUUAGAAGUUGCAAUAUCUGAUGUUGGAAAGUCCAUACAUCCUCAACAUUUGGUUCUUGUUGCUGAUAGUCUAUCCGCUACAGGAGAGUUUGUUGGCUUGAAUGCAAGAGGCAUUGCUCGACAAAGAGAACAUGCAUCUGUCUCAUCACCCUUCAUGCAAGCGUGCUUUUCUAACCCUGGUGCUUGCUUUCUUAAUGCUGCUAAGGCUGGAGUUGUGGAUAAUCUUAAAGGAAAUCUUGAUGCAUUGGCAUGGGGAAAUGUGCCUUCUACAGGGACUGGUGGCCACUUUGACAUUCUAUAUUCUGGGAAGAUGCCUGAGCUUGAGAACCCUGUAGAUUUUAAUAGCCUGAUGGGCAGGCAAACUAUUUCUGAUAAGCAGAAUGUAAAGGCUGAAACACUUGAAUGCAACAGUAUGUCUGAUAAUUCUGGUGCUCAGCCUGUCUACAAGUAUGGCGAUCUUGCAAUGGAAGGCCUUAAAAAGUUAGAAAGCAAAAAUAAUUCUGUAUUAAAAAGGGUUUGGACACCAAAUGAUAUUCUGAAUCUGUCCCAUGCGUUGAAGCAGAUAUUGCACAAGUAUCCAAUUAAUCAAAUGGUAAAUGACCAAGACAAGUCAAUUUUGAUGACGGCCUUAUAUUUUCAUCCUCGAAGAGAAGAAAAGUUUGGAAUUCGAGCUAAAGACGUACAUGCCAUAAAGGUUGUUUGUCACCCUAAGUAUCAGAAUACACGCUGCUUUGAAGUGGAACGAAAUGACGGGACAACUGAAGAUUUCUCGUACCACAAGUGUGUCAUUGCUGCUUUAGAGAUCAUUGAUCCUAAAAGGGCAGAAGCCUAUAAAUCAAAAUGGUUGCAAAACUGCAAUUCCUAAGUUUUUCACAUCAGAAAAUUAAAUGUGAUCAUUCCCACUAUUUAUCCGAGGCUGAGCUAUUAAGUAGUCUUAUAAAUCUAUGACAAUGGUGGUGGAUCAUCGCAAUGAUUGUUUAGACCUUUCAUACCUUUUCAGAUAUGUACAUCUCCAUUAAAGCAGUAUCUUGUGCACAAGUAGAGGGCUAGUAGAGAUGUAAGAGAUUUUCUUCUUGUAGUCAACAGUAUAUCUUUUUCUUUUUAGGUACUACCUUUACUAUAACUUCUCUGCCUUGCAUGACAUCAAGCAAAAAGGCUCUAGUGGAACCAGCAACCAGAAUCUUGUAAAUGUCAAUUACAAAUUUCAUGAUGUGUCUAUGAUUAUGUGUACAGUUGAAACAUUCAUUUUAACAGCUUUUCUAAUAAAAUUGUCUUGG